GGCCCCGGCACGGAGCGGGCCCAUGGAGCCGGGCCGGCAGGCGCUGCCGCUGGAGAACGCCUCCAUCCUGUCCGAGGGCGCGCUGCAGGACGGGCACCGCCUCUGGAUCGGCAACCUGGACCCCAAGAUCACCGAAUACCACCUCCUCAAACUGCUUCAGAAGUUUGGCAAAGUGAAGCAAUUUGACUUUCUCUUCCACAAGUCUGGUGCUCUGGAAGGGCAGCCCAGGGGUUACUGUUUUGUCAACUUUGAAACCAAACAGGAAGCAGAGAAGGCGAUCCAGUGUCUCAAUGGGAAGCUGGCCCUUUCCAAGAAGCUGGUGGUGCGGUGGGCACACGCACAGGUCAAGAGAUAUGAUCACAAUAAAAAUGAGAAGAUCCUUCCAAUCAGUCUGGAGCCAUCUUCCAGCACGGAGCCACCCCAGUCCAACCUAAGUGUCAGUGCAAAGAUAAAGGCCAUUGAAGCCAAGCUGAAAAUGAUGGCAGAAAAUCCAGACGCAGAAUAUCCUGCAGCACCUGUUUAUUCUUACUUCAAACCACCAGAUAAGAAAAGGACUACUCCUUACUCCAGAGCUGCCUGGAAAUCCAGAAGAUGAUGCUUAUGAAUGGAUGAUGGUAGCAAGAAGCACUGCUUUGUAUACCUGGAGUCCUCCAAUGCUUUUGUACUUUUGUAGAGUGGGAAGGACAGUGCCACCUGGGCAGGGCACGGCCAGCACAGCCCUCUGCACACCUGAGGGUCUGCACCUUCUGCCUGUGCAGCUCACAGCUGAAGGCUGUUCAGAGAAAUAGGUUCCCUUCAAAGCCUCUGAUGAACACACAGGCAACCUCUCGUUAGUGUGCAUUCAUUAGCCAGAUUAGGAACAGUAACCAGCGUUGGGAGUAAAGCACAUCCAAAAAUACUCCAUUUAACUGAUUACUUUUUAAAGUAUUUUUGAACAAAAUGUAUUCCAAUUCAUGUUUUAAUGGAAGGGGAAGCACUUGGUUUUGAUUAACAUGCUGUAGUUAUAAUGGAAAAACUUUUUCAUCUCAAUAAAACUCAUUUUAAAUAGAUCUUGCAA